AUGGCAUGCUUGAACAUGUCGAGCAACGAUCAAGCCUUGUACAGCGCGAACGCAGGGCCAAGAAUCUCGUUUUCAAGUGAUUUUCUUGAGCCAGUCAAGCUGGAGAAGAGCUACAGAGAGGCCCCGGUGUCCUCGGAUUUUGAGUUCUCUGUCCGGAACUACUCUAUGAUCUCUGCAGAUGAAGUUUUCUUCGAUGGCAAAAUGCUGCCAUCGAGGGAGAGCUUCACAAAGGCAAAAACCCUCAGAGACGAGCUCCUUUCUAGUGACGAUGGUUGUGAGGAUGUCUCGUCGCGGAGGGCGAAGGGCACGAACCGAUGGAGGGAGAGGUUUGGACUGAAGAGAACACCCAAGAGUUUGGGAAGUAUAGAUGAGAUGAAGGCCUUAGAGAUGGGUGUUUUUGGCAGUAAGAAAUGA